UAUAAAUAUCAGGCAGUGGACACUCUGCUGUUUCACUCCAGAUGUAAGGAGAAGUGUAGAGUGUGUACUAAAUGCUUUGAGCAGGACAACGUUCCUGUUCUUAAACAGUUUACUCCUGUAUUCAGCAGACACAGUUCAAUAGUGCAUCAUCUGCCACAGGUGGUGUUGGAAGUACAAUUCCUGUGGUGCUCCAGCAUGAAGCUGUUGAUCAUCGCAGCUGCCUCUCUGGCAGUGGUGAGCUGUGCCAGCCUCUCACUGGAGGACCUGGAGUUCCAAGCAUGGAAACUCAAGUUUGAAAAAUCCUACAACUCCUUUGAGGAGGAGGUCCAACGUAAACUUGUCUGGCUCUCCACCCGCCGCAGGGUCCUGGCCCACAACAUCCUGGCUGACCAGGGCAUCAAGACCUACCGCAUGGGCAUGAACCAGUUCUCCGACAUGAACAACCAAGAAUACAAUCAGGCUAUCCUCUUGUCUCACUUCAAUCGCUCCAAUGCCAAUGCCAAUGCCAUUGCUAAUGCCCAAGCCUCAUCCCAGAAGCUGGCAUUUUCCCCCAGACAGCAAGGGAGCGAUGCUGAGCUGCCCGCCUCAGUGGACUGGAGGCAGAAGGGCUGUGUGAAUAGGGUGAAAGACCAGCACCAGUGUGGAUCCUGUUGGGCUUUUGGUGCAAUUGCUGUGUUAGAGUCCCACACCUGUAUUGAGCACGGCUACCUGCCCUCUCUGAGCGAGCAGCAGCUGCUGGACUGCUCCCGUGCCUAUGGGAACCACGGAUGCCACGGAGGUCGGGAGACCGCGGCCUACCAGUAUGUCAGAGAUAACGGCGGAAUAGACACGGACGAGGCCUACCCAUAUAAGGCAAAGGAUGCAAUCUGCCGCUUCAAACCGUCUGGAGUUGGCGCCCUCUGCUAUGGGCAUGUGGAACUGCCGUUUGGAGAUGAGGAGGCUCUAAAGGAGACGGUAGCGUUUGUGGGUCCUGUGGCUGUGGUUAUCGACGCCGGACAGUCCUCCUUCCAGCACUAUGUAUCUGGUGUCCACUAUGACCCUCACUGCAGCAAGACGAUAUCAAACCACGUUGUGCUAGUUGUGGGUUAUGGAACUGAGGACGGCCAAGACUACUGGCUGGUGAAGAACAGUUGGGGUGUCCAUUGGGGAGAUCAAGGCUACAUCAAGUUGUCCAGGAACCAGAACAACCAGUGUGGCGUCGCCUCGUUUGGAACUUACCCGCAAGUCUGAAGACGUACCGAUGGAUAAGAGAGGAUGAGGCUUUCAUCAAACAUUGCUUACAUCCUGCUCUGUUUCAGGCUGUCAUCAGCUUCAUGUGAUUUCUGAAGGGGGCAACAACACAAGGCCAAGAAUGGUGGUUUUGUUUUCAAGAAAAGGCAAGAAAAAUGGAAAGUGAAAUAACAUACGGCUUGAUAUUUUCUUUCAUCAUGUGUUUAAACUGUUUUAAAUAAUUAAGGAGAUGAAUUAGCAGAAAUAGAAUAAUUACCUGUGUAUGUUUUCUUACCUUAGAAUAAACCUUUUAAAUCUAGACGAGAGCAGGCAGUCUAUAGAGGUUGCCUUGUUACUAUAGCCCAGAAUGGACAAACCAGAACACUAGCUAUAGAGAAGGCCUUUAGCACUUGACAGCCAGCAUAUUUCAUACCAGCUGUGGUGGUAGUGUAGGGGUAGUGGUUGGCCCUUUCUCCUUUGUCCUAUUUCCUCGUUUUUAACCUUCUCUAGUUGCAGUUAGACAAGUGAGACAUCCUCGAUGACGUCAAGCAAAAAGAUGUUUGGGAUCCACCCCUGGCUUCCACCUUUGUGCCCCUUGAGCAAGGCACUUAACCCCGAGUUGCUCUAGGGACAAUGGCCCUUGUACAUUAAUAUAAUUGACAUAUGUAAGUCGCUUUGGAUAAAAUCGUCUGCCAAAUGAAUAAAUGUAAUGUGGUGAUAUCUGUACAUAUCAGCCUUAUAGAAUGUUCAUCUAAUCAGGGUGACAUGAUAUGUGUUUGAGUUUUGGUCUUUUUGCUUUCUUCAGGUUUUAAUAAUAUAGCCCUGAUCAAAUAAAGCCAUACAAUGAUA